AUCAUAACUGGUUCCUUCAUAGUUUAAGUGAUGUAAAUAGGAACUUGGAAAAAAAUUCAAUAUUUUUUUUUACAGUAAUCAACAUGCAUACUUUGGAUAAAAUUGUGUUUUCCCUCUACUUGUUCUUAUUGUACAUUAAAUCAUGUAAUACACUUAGAGAAUAUAAAAAAGAAGAUAUUUUAAAGUUAAGAGAGGAGGUUCGUGAAAUGUUUCAACAUGCUUAUGACAGUUACCUGCAUUAUGCUUAUCCCUAUGAUGAGCUGAGGCCACUCAGUUGUGAUGGAGUGGAUACUUGGGGGAGCUAUUCACUAACCCUCAUUGAUGCCCUCGACACCUUAGCUAUUAUGGGGAACUACACAGAAUUCAACAGGGUUGUUGAAAUUGUACUUCAAAAAAAAGACUUUGAUGCUGACAUAAAUGUUUCAGUAUUUGAAACCAAUAUCAGAAUAAUUGGUGGUCUGCUUAGUGCACAUCUCUUGUCCUAUAAAACUGGAAUGAAGUUAGAACCAGGCUGGCCGUGCAAUGGUCCACUACUACGUUUAGCUGAAGAUGUGGCGCAAAGGCUUAUUGCAGCAUUUGACACCACAACUGGCAUGCCUUAUGGAACAAUCAAUCUAAGGUCAGGUGUCCCACCAGGAGAGACAAGUGUAACUUGCACUGCAGGUGUUGGGACAUUCAUCAUUGAAUUUGGAACACUUAGCCGCCUAACUGGUGAUCCCUUAUUUGAAGAGGUGGCUUAUAAUGCUCUGAAAGCAUUAUAUCAUCAUAGAUCUCCUAUAGGUUUACUAGGCAACCACAUAGAUGUGAUGACAGGACGUUGGACGGCGCAAGACGCCGGGAUCGGCGGCGGUGUCGAUUCAUACUAUGAAUAUUUAGUGAAAGGUUCUAUAUUACUAGAGAAGCCAGAGCUCAUGUCAAUGUUUGUGGAAGCGAGGCAGGCUAUCGACAAAUAUCUGAAGAAGGAUGACUGGUUUGUGUGGGCAACUAUGCUCCGUGGUCAUGUUACUCUGCCAGUGUUUCAGUCCCUGGAAUCCUACUGGCCUGGCCUGCUUAGUUUGAUAGGUGAAAGUGAUACUGCUAUGCGUAUAAUCCACAAUUACCACAGUAUAUGGAAACAGUAUGGAUUCACACCCGAGGUUUACAACUUGGGUACGGGCGAAGCGUCAUCUUCUAGAGAGAGCUAUCCGCUGCGACCGGAGUUAAUAGAAUCUAUAAUGUACCUUUAUCGGGAAACCAGAGAUCCAAUACUGUUGCAAAUGGGCGAAGAUAUACUGAGAAGUAUUCAACAUAGCGCGAAAACGCACUGCGGAUAUGCUACAAUCAAAGACGUGCGUGAUCACCGCAAAGAAGAUCGUAUGGAAUCAUUCUUCUUGGCGGAAACUACAAAAUACUUGUACCUCUUGUUUGAUCCCGAUAAUUUCAUUCAUAACCCGGGCGUGCACGGAACCGUUAUAGACACGCCCAAUGGCGCCUGCAUUGUCGACGUUGGUGGAUAUAUAUUCAAUACAGAAGCACAUCCUAUAGACCCUACUAUGUUAUAUUGCUGUCAUGAAGGGAGGCAAGGGAUCAACAUUAGUGAAGUACAUCGAAUAUAUCAAAUCCUAGAAGAAGAAGACAACAUACAAAUAAUGACUAUGAUUGAUUCAACAAUGAACAAAAACAAUACAAAUGAAACACUAGGCCAAAUUGAAGAGAAAAUAGAAGAAAUCAACGAUGCAACAGUUGAAAACGUUGUAGACGAAAAUAAGAUUGACCAAAACCAAGUGCUCAUAAAAACAGAGACUAGGACGGGUUAUGUCAACAUCGAUGGGACAGAAAGGGAGAAAAUAAAAAAUAAUGAUUCUACAUUAAGAGAUAUUGUGAAAGAACGUAUCACCAAUUAUUAUAACAAGAGUGAAAUAAAUACAGAUGAAAAGAAAGAAGAGUCAGAUAAUAAAACAGAACCCAAUACCACCGUUGAAGUUGAUGACAUAAUUAUCGCAGAAAAACCGCAGGAUACUUUACAGCCUCCGAGUGUUACUAAAGCAAAAGAGGCCUACAAAUUGCUGCCAAAAGUGAUACAAGAAUUCCUGAAUAACGAUUGGAAAGCUAAGUCAAAAUGUGAACCUCAGCACAUGUUAGAAAGAAUCCGAAAGGAAAAUAGGUACCCGGGACACCCUGAUUCUAACAAAUAUGAGUUGUUACUAACACCGGCUCCGUCAUUUUUGCAAAGAAUAUCUCUGGCGGGCGAGUUUCUUAGCAAAAAGCAGUUACAAGUGUGAAAUAUAUUUUAAUUGUGUCCAUGAUAUCAAAUAAAAAUACAUAUAUAAGAUCUCAUGUCUUGCUUUGUAUUUUCAUGAAUAGGUAUGGUAACAAAAAAAAAUCUUUUUGUGCGUCAGGCAAAUUACAAAAAAAUAUUAAUCACUUAUUUUAUUAUUUUUUGCGUAGUCGAUAAAUUACGUGGAAACGUUGAGUUGUAAUAUCGCAUGUCGUCACACCUUUGUAUAUUUUCGACAUAGUUAAGACGUAGUGAGCGUGGAGUGGGGACUCUUCACCUUUUCUAAGUUGUUUCAUGU